ACUGCCCUUUCAACAGCUGAAAACUUCGAGAUAUCAUCACAAUGGGUUCCGUAUGGGUUGUAUCCGCCGUAUUCAGGACUACAAGGAAGACUUUGGCGGAAAGCCUGAGAUCUGGUUGUACACGACUGAACAAGCAGCUCGAACUGCAAUGGAACGCAUCGCACGCCGCCUGUACAAGGAGUCUGAUAUUAUUCAAGGCGCUGGCGACAAGUAUUUCGACUCUGGCAGGAAUAUCAUUGUCUUUGGGGAAAGUCCUCGCAUGGGCCGCUCGUACCGGAACGAAUGGGGUGUGCUUUACAUGCAGAAAGUUGAAGUCGAGAAAGAAUGUCAUGAAGCGCCGGUGGAGAGCAGCGAAGAUGAAGAAUAAACUGAAAAUCACCAUAAAAGAUGAUGAUGAGGGUAAUGACGACGACGACGACGAUGAAAGUGAAGAAGACAAAAGUAGCAUCGAUGUAUGUAUCAUUCAUUGUAGUAAAUAAUAAGGAC